AGCUUCGUUUUUGUCGGACAGGAAUGUCCGAGGAGGGAAAAUUGAGAGCGCUGAGGAAAGAUAGGCAAAUCUGUCAUCAGGCUCGCGACAAGUUUCUAGACUGUUUAGACAAAAGUUUGGAUUCCGGGAAAAACGAAGUAGAGGCAAGAAAGGACUGUCGCAUUCAGUUGCAAGCUUUUGAAGACGCUUGUCCAGCUUCACACUUGCUGAGCAGGGUGUUAAUAUUGCAGAUCAAAAUGCUCUUGGCAAUGAAAAGAACAACUCAUGAGGGGUUGCGCUUAUCCUUCUGUGUAAGAAAUUUGUCUAAAGCGGCGAAAAAAUCUUCAAAGCGAUCGAAACCUGUUCUUGAGAGCAGCUGUACUUCCGUUCCUGACGUAGGUCCAGUGGAGCAGUCGAGGCUGACAAAAUCGAGUGCAGAGCUGAAGAAGCCGUUACCGGUUCCAUUUGACAAUGUGAAAAUAAAACCUAUCCCAUCUAGAAUGAAAACAGAUCUAACAAGUAGCCGUAAGCACUGGACGCUUCUGCAGCUUGUCAAGCCUGAUGUCAUCGAAUCGCACCCACUUCUCAAAUUUGUGGAUCUUUCCGACCCACCAAAUGUCGCCGAGAUCCCCGAACACAUCACUCUUCAUCGCAUUCUUUCUUCUCUUCGACUCUGCCAAAAAUUCGACUUUGGAUAUGAGCUGGUUCGUGCCCGACUUUCCAAAUUACCUCCACCCGCUGUGCUGGAAGCAGCAAGACUUGUAGCCGAGGGGGAAAUGCAUAGACGAUGUAUAGCGAAAGCUCAGUUCAAGGAGCAGAUUCAAGAUGCGAGUAGCCUUGCUAGUGAACUACUGGAUCGUGCGAAGCAACUUCGCCUACCUCCAUCAAUGUCUCUUGCCAUACGAGCUCUUCUUACUUGUGUGACGAGCCCGAAACAGGCAGUAGCCGAGUUCUUUGUCGAUGCCUUUGCGCAAGUCAUCUACCGGCGUGAAGUUCACAGUCAUUUGGCAUGCGCAGCUUUGGACGCCAAUCAGUGGUCUCAAUUCAGUCUCAUCAUGGAUUCCUGUCCUCUGUCGCCCCAUUAUUCACCGCUUCUUAUCUUCCACAUUGUUGAAUAUCUGCUACGGAACAGUGAGAAUCGGAAGAAGGUGAUAGACUGGUAUAUGAACGCACUAUCGCGGGAACAAUUGCCUCUAACACCACUUCAGUGGUCCGAGUAUGCUUCGCUCCUGAUAGAAAUGUGUGGUUCAAAAGCGGAUCCUGUGCUCGCAACAAAGCAGGGUGCGCUCACUUCGCCAACGGGCCAAACAUUGCCGUUUUCCGUCCCCCAUGAAAAGGACAUCGAUGAAGGCGACUUCCAGUGCCUGAAAGAGGACAUGAACACUUUGUUGAAUGAUUUGAGCAAAGACAGCGGAAGUGUUACCAAGAAGGAAGUGUCCGCUUUGCGACAGAAGAUUCGAUCCUGGUCAAAAUCCAAUGAAAAAGCUGUUGUAAUUGAUUCGCUCAACGUUUUCCAUGGAACUUUGAGAGGACUCGAGCCGCUGAUAGAUUUGACAAAUAGGUUGUCGAAAGAGUACGAAAAUGUUAUUCUGGUGACACGGCCAUUUCUAUUCGAAAAAUUGAAGUCUGUUCGUUGGCGCGGAAACGUUCGAAUGUUUUCUUGUGCUACACUAUCCGAAGAUGAUCUUCUUGUUUUGCUGGCAGCUAUGGAAUGGGGACGAAACGCUUACGUUCUUAGCAAUGACAGAUUCGCAGCCCAUGAGGAACGAGCACGCUGUACGGGACAGCUUUCGCUUCAUGAUUGGAUGCGCAGACGAAUGCUCAGAUUUAACCGACAUGAUUGGCAGUACGAUCAACUCCCGCUAUAUGGCGAAUAUGUGCAGCAUGUGGCCCCAGCAACUUAUUUCGUUCCCGUAGUGGAAGAAACUCCCGGAAUAUCCAAACGCUCAUCUUAUAUUGUGAGCUAUUGAAUAUUAUGUUGUAUACCGUUUAAGUGUAUGAUUAGGCCCAAGUUGUUAUGUUUGAUAUUGUCGCUCCUUUAACUACCUAUGUAUCUGAUAUGCACCUGUGAUUAUUGUGUAAGCACUAGUUUGCUCAAGAAUUAAAACCUCUGCUAUUUGUUUAAAAAGACAGUCUGCACGAG